GGGGCGAAUGCGGUGGUACCAGAGAGGAGAAAGACCUGACCGGGUGAUGUGAAAACUCUCUUUUCAGACCAAAACCACAGAUUUCCAACUUCCCGUUUUGACGCUACCGGGAACUAUGAGACACGCCAUUCGGCAGAAGGUCGUGGGCAGGUGUGAUUGGUGAGUUUCUCUCCUUGGACCAUCUGAUUUCUUGGUGGCGCUUCAUCCAGAUUAUUGACCGAUAGCCAGCCCCGUGUUGCCGAUCCACCUAUCUUGACGUGGCAGCGUGUUGCCACAUUUGAGUUUCUGAAAGCGAGCGCAAACCCAGGAACCAGAGGACUCCCAGCCACACACCUCCUACACACCCCUGCUCCCCCUACCCUUUAUCCUUACCCCCACCUCCCCCAGAGGGAGAAAACAGAAACCACAUCCACCAUGGUGCUGUCACAGAGACAACGAGAUGAACUAAACCGGGCUAUAGCAGACUAUCUUCGUUCUAAUGGUUAUGAAGAGGCUUACUCCACCUUCAAGAAGGAGGCAGAAUUAGACAUGAAUGAAGAGGUUGAUAAAAAGUAUGCAGGCCUUUUGGAAAAGAAAUGGACCUCUGUCAUCAGAUUACAGAAGAAGGUAAUGGAGUUGGAGUCAAAGCUGAAUGAGGCAAAGGAGGAGAUGACACAUGGUGGUCCUGUAGGCCAGAAGAGGGACCCCAAAGAGUGGAUCCCACGUCCUCCAGAGAGAUACGCCCUGAGUGGGCAUCGUGCACCCGUUACACGCGUCAUAUUCCACCCUGUCUUCUCUGUCAUGGUCACAGCCUCUGAGGAUGCCACCAUUAAGGUGUGGGACUAUGAAGCUGGGGACUUUGAGCGAACCCUAAAGGGCCAUACAGACUCUGUGCAGGACAUCUCUUUUGAUCAGACAGGAAAGCUACUGGCCUCAUGUUCAGCUGACAUGAGCAUCAAACUGUGGGACUUCCAGGGAUUUGAGUGUAUCCGAACAAUGCAUGGACACGACCACAAUGUGUCUUCUGUAGCGAUCAUGCCCAAUGGAGACCACAUAGUAUCUGCCUCCAGAGACAAGACCAUCAAGAUGUGGGAGGUUGCAACUGGGUACUGCGUGAAAACAUUUGCAGGCCACAGGGAGUGGGUGAGGAUGGUGCGUCCCAACCAGGACGGGUCCUUGAUCGCCAGCUGCUCCAAUGACCAGACGGUGCGCGUGUGGGUGGUUGCUUCAAAGGAAUGCAAAGCCGAGCUGCGGGAGCAUGAACAUGUAGUGGAGUGUAUUGCUUGGGCCCCUGACAGCGCCCACCCAACCAUCCUAGAGGCUACGGGCUCUGAGAAUAAGAAGAGUGGGAAGCCUGGCCCCUUCCUCCUCUCUGGAUCCAGAGAUAAAACGAUUAAGAUGUGGGAUGUCAGCACUGGCAUGUGCCUUAUGACUUUGGUGGGUCAUGACAACUGGGUGCGUGGGGUGUUGGUGCAUCCUGGAGGCAGGUUCAUAGUGAGCUGUGCUGAUGACAAAACUCUGAGGAUCUGGGACUACAAGAACAAACGCUGCAUGAAGACCCUGUGUGCCCAUGAACACUUUGUAACCUCUUUGGAUUUCCACAAGACGGCUCCUUACGUUGUAACGGGUAGCGUGGAUCAGACGGUCAAAGUCUGGGAGUGCCGCUAAGACUGCCUCAAAAACCCGCUCUACUCCCCCGAUUCCCUCCCACCUCCCUCCAACAGCAGCCCUAUAACUCUGGCUUACCCCCUCCCCCCAAUCCCUCCUCCUCUUCCCCCUGCACCACAGUCCUAUUCCCUUUGCCCCUACGCCCACCCAAGCCCUCACCUCUUGCACUCCAUACCAUAGUUUACCCAAGCUCUUCCCCUCCUCUCCCUAAUACCUUUCCCUUCUUUUCCCCUAACGUGCUCCUCCCCUAAACCAGUCCAGCCCUAUUAAGAUGGCUAUUGUCCUUUUAUGUAAAUUAUUCUGGAUGUAGGGUACGCUUAAUGUCACGCAAUCUCUUGACACAUAAACACACUCAAAACGUAAGAAGUAUUCCUUGCAUGGUGAGUCAAACAAGAAAAAAAAGUUGUAUACUGUUGAAUUUGCCUAAUUUGCAUACUGUUGUCAUGACUUCCUAUCGGGUCAAAGGGUAAAUAUCCUUGUGUGCUGGCGCAGGUGGAUUCUGGGUAGCUGACAGUGCACGAAAAAUCAAUUGCAUCCCUUGUCGAAGGGGUUCAUGAAGUUUUUGUUUAGUUUUGUUUAAUUUCAUACCUCCACUGUCGCGGUCUGUCGCUGGAUGGGUGGUGAGAGAGAGGGUGUGAGGGGAAAUAGACGUAAACGAAAGGGAAGAAGGGAGGUUUCUAUGACUAUGAGACGAUGCGGGGGGGUAUCUGAAAGUUGUAGCAGAUGCGGCCCAUCAGUCAAGUCAUAUGAGUGGUGCUGUGGGUGAGCAUGUGUGUGUGUGUGUGUGGAUGCCUGUACUUUGUGUGCGUGCGUGUAUCCGUCUUUGUAUGUUCAUUAUGACAGGAGAAUGGCUACUCCGCCGUCUCUCCUCCGAUAAUCCCGAGGGAAGGGUGUCCGACGAGAGAAGGCGGGAGGCGAACUUCUCACCCACUGUGUUCAUUCAUACUACUUUAUCUCUGUAACAACUUGCUUUUUAGUAGACACUCACAGGACCUUAAUGAUCCCUAUGCUGCUGACAGCACACACACCCCCUAGAGAAGGUGUGUUUGCGUUUUACAGAGGAAACAGCCUGCUCACCUUUACGUGAGGUCUGCGCGCGCGCGUGUGUGUGUGUGCGUGUGUGUGUGUGUGUGUGUGCAUUGCCCCAGAGAAUCCCCCAGUGCCCUCUCGCUCGCUAACUCUUUGCCUUGUUAACCCAAUGAGGGCUUUCUCACACGGGAUUUUCAUUCUGCUUUCUGUGGUUUCACUGCUCUCUUUAUGCACACAUACCGCACAUACACUCUCAAGUUCACAUACACACGCACAGGAAAAAAAAAACGUGUAUCAAUAUAUCUGGAUGUCAUUGUUUGCAACAUAAUGAAAUAAAAAUCUGUAAAUAUAA